UAUCUGUUCAUAUGAGCUAGUUCAGUGAACUACCAUAUUCAUGAUAUCGGUUUAGCAAAGAAAAUAAAGAAAUUUUCACGUCAUCCACGCUGUCUGACAUAAGGAUACCAACAUAGGAAGUAACGUGUCCUUCGCCGUCGCCGCCCACCGUCGAUUUGCUGGUCAGUUCUGCAAAUUCCGUUUGCUAUCUAGCGUAAUCUACUGCAGUUACAACAAUAAACGCACGGGAGAACGGCUUUCAUUAGCAACAACAAUACUUAGGUCCUCCCACAGGGGGCCACAUUUCAUUCGUAGUCACCCUGUUCGACUCGGUCAAUUCUAUAACACCAAUCUUGCUGCGUGGACUCAUCCAACAACAGAAUCAUCAUCUCCUGAAGAAUCGGAAGUAUAUUCACAAAAACAUAAAGUAGACAAUAAUUCACUAGCAGCAGAAAUGACAUUGCCAAGCGCUGCUCGCGUUUAUACAGACGUGAACGCUCACAAGCCAGAUGAAUAUUGGGACUAUGAAAACUAUGUGGUCGAUUGGGGCAAUCAGGACGAUUACCAAUUGGUACGCAAAUUGGGACGCGGCAAGUACUCUGAGGUAUUUGAGGCUAUCAACAUAACGACAACCGAGAAGUGUGUGGUCAAAAUACUGAAACCCGUAAAAAAAAAGAAGAUCAAGCGCGAAAUCAAGAUCUUGGAGAAUUUGAGGGGUGGCACCAAUAUUAUAACGCUUUUAGCUGUCGUCAAGGAUCCCGUGUCCCGCACCCCUGCCUUGAUCUUUGAACACGUGAACAAUACAGACUUUAAGCAACUCUAUCAAACACUAACAGACUACGAGAUACGCUAUUAUUUGUUUGAGCUAUUAAAGGCCCUUGAUUACUGCCACAGCAUGGGCAUUAUGCAUCGCGAUGUCAAGCCACAUAAUGUGAUGAUCGACCAUGAGAAUCGAAAAUUGCGUCUCAUUGAUUGGGGUCUCGCUGAAUUCUAUCAUCCCGGUCAAGAGUAUAAUGUGCGUGUGGCAUCGCGAUACUUUAAGGGUCCCGAACUUCUGGUCGACUAUCAGAUGUACGAUUAUUCACUGGAUAUGUGGUCAUUGGGUUGCAUGCUGGCGUCGAUGAUUUUUCGCAAAGAGCCAUUCUUCCAUGGUCAUGACAAUUACGAUCAACUAGUGCGAAUUGCCAAGGUGCUGGGCACCGAAGAACUGUAUGCCUAUCUUGAUAAGUACAAUAUUGAUCUUGAUCCGCGAUUUCAUGAUAUCCUACAACGUCAUUCACGCAAACGCUGGGAGCGCUUCGUUCAUUCUGAUAACCAACACUUGGUAUCGCCGGAAGCAUUAGAUUUUCUGGAUAAACUUUUACGUUAUGAUCAUGUUGACCGUCUCACUGCUCGCGAAGCUAUGGCGCAUCCAUACUUUUUGCCAAUUGUCAAUGGACAGGUUAAUCCAAACAACCAGCAAUAAAUAAAAACAAGGAUGAUUCCCCUAUUGUAAAGUAAACAGAAAAAACAAGCCGCAUGAUUAAGUUAAAUGAAGAAUUUCUGUGCUAAAGUUUAUAAUAAGAAGAUAACAUGCAACAUAAUUACUGAGACCAUAAUUUAAUCAACUUAUACUGAUUGAUUUCCCAUAAACCUACCACAACACAUAUGAUACAAUGAACGAAGGUCUUUUCUGUUACAAAGUAAAACAAGUUUCAAACUGCAAAAGUAAUUAUAUUUUAAAAUUAUGAUUACAAAUUCAUACACACAACAUGCUUAAAACAGAAUUUCAAGCUACAUUAUAAUUAAAGUAUAUUUAUAUCAAUAAUUAUAAAUAUAUAAUCCAAUAAAUCUCCAAUUUCUAACAAA